AUGCUUUUUAUACUUUCCAUUUCCCGGACUAUCUGGUUCGAUUUCCGGCCAUUUGGUUUGUCCCGACAGAUCAUGAAACUGGUGCCGAAUGGAUGUGAAUUCCGUCGGCCGGCUCUCAGCGGAAUGGGCGCGAAUGACGUCGAGGAAUACCUGCCUACAUUCAAUCGACAUCCGGACAACCGCUCGUCCUCUACAGCAGAAAUUGGUCUAGCUCAUUCGCUCACCUAUUCUUCAUUGGCUGCCAAGCUUGCUUCGACUGCGUGA